GCGCAUGUUCAGUUGUAUAUCGCCCGUUAUGGAGGACUGCGGAGUUUAGCUAGCUCAUGUUCAACAGCACCACCGACGACCAUAUAGCUUAAUCAUGGUGAAUGUAAAGAAGCGGAAAGGUCGAGUCGUUAUCGACUCUGACUCUGAAGACAGUGCUAGUGAUGAUAAUUUAGAUCAGGAGCUUCUGUCUCUGGCCACCAAGAGGAAGAGGGUGGACUCGGAUGACCAGCAGGAUAACCAGCAGGAUGACCAGCCAGUCAGCAAGCCUGCAGCUUCAUCAGACUCGGAGACGUCAGACAGUGACGAUGAGUGGACUGCCGGGGGUCCUAAAGUCAAGAAGAAAGUUAAGCCAGGGAAACCGACAACAACAGAGAAGAAGAAAGAGGCGGCGAAGAAGAAGAGGGUUCAUAAAGCUGCAGCGUCCGGUAGUUCUGGUGGAGACAGUUCAGCUGACAGUUCUGCCCCCGAGGAGGGUGAGGUGUCUGACUCCGAGAGCAACACCUCUGCCUCCAGCUCAGACUCCUCGUCGGAGGACGAUGUGUUCAGGGACGGCUACGGAGAGGACCUGAUGGGAGACGAGGAGGACAGGGCUCGGCUGGAGCAGAUGACUGAGAAGGAGAGGGAGCAGGAGCUCUUCAACAGGAUAGAGAAGAGGGAGGUGCUCAAGAGGAGAUUUGAAAUAAAAAAGAAACUGAAGACGGCGAAGAAGAAGGAGAAAGAGGAGAAGAAGAAGAAAGACGAGGAAGAACAGAAGAAGAGAUCAUCCGGUCAUCAUGAAGACCGGACUCAUCAGGACCUGCAGGUGGUUAUGUCUCACAACAAGGAGAGGAGAACUAAACGGGAUGAGAAGCUGGAUAAAAAGUCUCAGGCCAUGGAGGAACUGAAAGCGGAGCGAGAGAAGAAGAAAACCAGGACAGCGGAGCUCCUGGCGAAACGGCAGCCCCUGAAGACCAGCGAGGUGUACUCCGACGAUGAGGAGGAGGAAGAGGAGGAGGAUGACGACAAAUCCUCAGUAAAGAGUGAUCGCAGUUCACGUUCUUCAUCUUAUUCCGAAGACGAAGAGAAAGGGGAGACCCCACCAAAAUCUCAGCCCGUGUCACUGCCAGACGAGCUGAACCGGAUCCGUCUGUCCCGACACAAACUGGAGCGCUGGUGUCACAUGCCGUUCUUCCAGAAGACUGUCAGCGGCUGCUUCGUACGGAUAGGCAUCGGGAACAGUAGUAGCAAACCAGUUUACAGGGUAACGAGAUGUAUUUAUUCAGGUUGCUUCGUACGGAUAGGCAUCGGGAACAGUAGUAGCAAACCAGUUUACAGGGUAACGAGAUGUAUUUAUUCAGGUUGCUUCGUACGGAUAGGCAUCGGGAACAGUAGUAGCAAACCAGUUUACAGGGUAACGAGAUGUAUUUAUUCAGGUUGCUUCGUACGGAUAGGCAUCGGGAACAGUAGUAGCAAACCAGUUUACAGGGUAACGAGAUGUAUUUAUUCAGGCUGCUUCGUACGGAUAGGCAUCGGGAACAGUAGUAGCAAACCAGUUUACAGGGUGGCUGAAAUAGUUGACGUGGUGGAGACGGCUAAAGUGUACCAGUUGGGAACGACCCGGACGAACAAAGGACUACAGUUACAGCAUGGUGGUGACACCCGAGUCUUCAGACUGGAGUUUGUGUCCAAUCAGGAGUUCACAGAAAACGAGUUCAUGAAGUGGAAGGAGGCGAUGAUCAUAGCCAGUAUGCAGGUUCCCACUCUAGAUGAGAUCAAUAAGAAGGAGCAGGCCAUCAAAGAGGCUUGUAACUACAAAUUCAACGACAAAGACAUCGAGGAUAUCGUUAAAGAGAAAGACCGAUUCAGAAAGGCUCCUUCUAACUACGCCAUGAAGAAAACAUCACUACUCAAAGAUAAGGCCAUGGCCGAGGAGAGUGGAGAAGGAGACAGAGCCAAAGAGAUCCAGGACCAGCUGAAUGAGCUGGAGGAGAGGGCCGAGCAUCUGGACAGACAGAGGACCAAAAACAUCUCUGCCAUCAGCUACAUCAACCAGAGGAAUCGUAGCUGGAACAUUGUAGAGUCUGAGAAGGCUCUAGUCGCUGAGGGACAGAAUGCCAAGCUGCAGAUGGACCCGUUUACUAGACGGCAAUGCAAACCGACCAUGGUGUCUAACGCCAGAGACCCUUCAGUCCAUGCAGCUAUCCUCCAGCACCUCAAUGAGAAGUACGGAGAAGGGUCGGGCAAAGAGAUGGACUUGGAGUUUGAGAUGGGCAGGGGAGCGGGACAGGCUGCUCUGAAAGUCAUCGACCCGACUAAGAACACCAGCGACCUAUCAGAGGACCUCUUUAAAGUCCACGACUUUGACGUCAAGAUCGACCUACAGGUUCCCAAUGCAGAAGCCAAGUCUCUGUCGGUGAGCGCUAACACCUUGGCAGUAAAGGACGGGGCUCCACGCAGAUCUCUCAACCUGGAGGACUACAAGAAGAGGAGGGGCUUGAUCUAAUGAACUACAGGAAUAUGGGCGUGGUCUAAUGAACUACAGGAAGAGGGGCUGUGGUCUAAUGAACUACAGGAAGAGGAAGGGGGGCUUGGUCUAAUGAUCUAAUAGCCUAACCCCUCAGUCAGAACCACCUGCAUGUGUUGGUUGGCAAUUCUACCCCUGUGUGAGUGAGAGGUGUGUGUGUGUGUGUGUGAGAGGUAAGUGUGUGUGUGAGUGAGAGGUAAGUGUGUGAGUGAGAGGUAAGUGUGUGUGUGAGUGAGAGGUAAGUGUGUGUGUGUGUGAAUGAGAGGUAAGUGUGUGAGAGGUAAGUGUGUGUGUGUGUGUGUGUGUGUGUGUGUGAGAGGGGACAGAGUGUGUGUACACUAGAGACUGUCCAUUUUAAAACUGAUAGGAUAUAUUAAGAGAAGACAACUUUUUUUCUCUCCAAGUUUCUCUCUUAGAAAAAAGUUGUCCACAUUUUAUUUUUGCGUUUAUUAUGUGCAAAGUCGUACUUCAAAUGUUUUUAUUAUUUUUAUUAGUUAUUUCUAUGUUUUUAUAAAUAAAUCUUACGUUGGUUCUCCCUCAUACGGAUCUGAAGUUCACUCCUUUGGUGUCCAGGGCACAAUGCUUGUGAAAGGACACCGUCUUGUCAGACUUAGAUUGUUGAAAUACUGUAUCUGAUUUCCCCAUCAACAACAGCCUGGAUUUCUUUCGUACCUGAUUUCAGAGCAGUUCCACCUGCACGGUUCACUAGAGGUUAUAGGGUGAAGUUGCCUCUAGACGCUGAUCUUGGGUCAACCACUAACGGUUGAGGUUAGGAUUUGGAGCGAGGAGAAACUGAUUUUAGAUCUGUAGCUAAGUGGGAAACUUCACCCCUGAGCCUCUUAGACUGCAGAGCUCAAAUCAAAUGUAUUUAUAUAGCCCUUCGUACAUCAGCUAAUAUCUCAAAGUGCUGUACAGAAACCCAGCCUAAAACCCCAAACAGCAAGCAAUGCAGGUGUAGAAGCACAGUGGCUAGGAAAAACUCCCUAGAAUGGCCAGAACCUAGGAAGAACCCCUGAGCCCUCUCCCUUUCCCUGUUCUCUCUUCUCACCCUCUCGUCCCCUGUCUCUCGGUCUCCUCCCCUCUCCCUCUAGAUAGAGACCCAGGGCUGGGAGACUGCAGUGGGGGACAUUCCCGUUCCCUCUCCCUUUCCCUGUUCUCUCUUCUCACCCUCUCGUUCCCUGUCCCUAUUUUAGACUGCAUAGCCCGUUAUCUACUUACUGGACAGUACAUGUCACUUUUUUUUUUCAAGUCUACCAAAAAAAAGAAACGGAUGAAUCUAUCAAUUUACAUGGAUCUUUUCUUUUAAUCUCUAGUUUUUUUUGUUUGUUGUUUACCUCCCAUUUUCAGAGCAGAUUCUAAGUGUUAUCGAUUGUGUAUUUAGUCAGUCCCUGUAUUGAUGUGGCAUGCCAUGUGUAUAUAUUACAGUUUGGAGUGAGGCAGAAUAAAGAGGGGCAGUGUUUCGUA